AUGCAUGGUAGACACCACAUCCAGAGUCGUAGUCGUAGUCGUAGUCAUAGUGGGGCGACAUCUCCGCAUGAGUCUAUCACUACUAACCUCCAGCCAUUAUUCUCACCCCAAGAACUCCAGCAGUCCACCAUCUUCAAACCCUCAACUAGACAACCUCCCAGUAACCAUAACCAUAACCAUAACCAUAACCAUGGCCAAAACAACCCGCAUCCCUAUCCGAACCGAAAAAGCCCCCUUCCACCCCCAUUCCUCUCCCAGGGAAUCAAAGUAGCGAACAUGAUCUACUGCUCCGGGCAGGUCGGCGUGGAUCCUACAACGGGGAAGAUGGUGGAGGGCCCCAUACAAGCGCGCACUAAGCAAAUCCUGCAUAAUCUCUCCGCGGUUCUGGAAGCAGGCGGGUCGAGUCUGCAGGAUGUCGUCAAGGUGAAUAUCUUCCUGGCUGAUAUGGGGGACUUUGCGGCUGUGAAUGAAGUCUACCAGGCGGCGUUUGGGGAGCCGAAGCCGGCGCGAACUUGCGUUGCUGUUAAGACGUUGCCGUUGGGGACGGAUGUGGAGAUUGAGUGUUCUGCGGUGGUGACGAGAGGGAGGGAUUCUCGACUUUAGGUCUUAUGGUAUGAUGAUUGGGAAGCGUCGUGAUGUGUUGGGCGGGUGUGAUAGGUAAAGUGUCUUGAGGUGACAGUCAUAUGGCUGGUGUUGAUGUGGCUGGAUUCGAUGGUAUUUCUGGUCCUCAGGCAGAAAUUCAUAUUUCUAGACCCCUUCAAGACAAAAUGUGGCACCAAGGACCAUGGCAUAUCCGUUUGCAUGGCUUAGAUCUGAGAUAGCCAUGUAUGAUGUUAGC